AUGGAAGAUUUAGAAGUACGAAGAAAGAGACAUGAAAGUGAAACACCAGCUCAGAGGAAAAACAGGGAAGAUUCAGAAGUACGAAGAAAGAGAAAUGAAAGUGAAACACCAGCUCAGAGGAAAAACAGGGAAGAUUUAGGAGUACGGAUAACGAGAAAUGAAAGUGAAAUAUCGGCUCAGAGGAAAAAAGGGAAGAUUCAGAAGUUAGAAGAAGGAAGGAUGAGAGAGAGAGACCUGCAAAGAGGAAAAAGAGGGAAGAUCCAGCAGUACGAAGAAAGAGAAAUGAAAGUGAAACACCAGCUCAGAGGAAAAAAAGGGAAGAUCCAGCAGUACGAAGAAAGAGAAAUGAAAGUGAAACACCAGCUCAGAGGAAAAAAAGGGAAGAUUCAAAAGUACGAAGAAAGAGAAAUGAAAGUGAAACACCAGCUCAGAGGAAAAACAGGGAAGAUUCAGAAGUACGAAGAAAGAGAAAUGAAAGUGAAACACCGGCUCAGAGGAAAAAAAAGGGAAGAUUCAGAAGUACGAAGAAAGAGACAUGAAAGAGAAACACCAGCUCAGAGGAAAAAGAGGGAAGAUUUAGGAGUACGGAUAACGAGAAAUGAAAGUGAAAUAUCGGCUCAGAGGAAAAAAGGGAAGAUUCAGAAGUUAGAAGAAGGAAGGAUGAGAGAGAGAGACCUGUAA